UUCGGUCAGAUUGCAGCGGGCCUUUAUCCAGCAAAAUGGCCAGAUUGUUCCUGUUCCUGUCCUUUGUCCUCUUCAGCCUUGCCCAUGGCGCUGACAAAUCUUUCAACAUUGCCGCGCGACGUGACUACGCCCAUAGCCAUCAUCUUCGGAAGAGGCAGUAUGCAAUCGAAGCUACUGGAUUAGACAGAGCUUUGUAUUGGUUUGGUAACUUCUCCGUCGGAGACUCGGGGCCCCUCUCGCUACUCAUCGACACUGGCUCGUCGGAUAUUCUCAUCGAUCCGGGGUUGUACAAGCCUUCGAAAAAUGAGCUACCGUACGUCAAUACGAAGUUCGCAAUCGAAUACGAGGGCGUGAACAAGGCGGGAUAUGGGUUUGAGAAUAUCAACGGCACGGCGCUGCUAGACACCGUUUCGAUUGGCAAUCUGAGCGUCAAGCACCAGGCGAUUGCCAACAUCACAUCCUUCCAAUUCUUCGACCUCCGCAAACCUCCGACCGUCGCUCUCGAACGCAAUGGGAUCAUCGGCUUCGGGCCUAAAGACGGCAGCCAGUUCAUGCCCCCGGCCGAUCCGUUCUUCUUUAGCUUGUGCGCGGAAAAGGCCAUUGAUGAAUGCAGGUUUGGUCUAGCGUUUGGCACCAACGGCACCGGACAAAUCGUGAUUGGAAAGCUUGAUACUACGCUAAUUGAUGGGGACGUGGUUCCAGUCUCCGAAGUCGACCAGCAAUAUGUGACUGUGGGCGACGUCACCUUGGACAACAAGAUCAUCUCAAAGAACCAGACGAUCAUCAUGGACGUUGGUACUAACAACAUCCAAGGGCCGCUCGACCUCACCAGGUCCAUCUUCGAAAGCCUUGGAUGGUCUUCCAAACUCAGGGUGUCUGAUCAACUCGGCGGAAAACCAGACCGUGUCCUCACGGCUUCCUUCCCGUGUGGCAAGCCUCCAACUCUAGGCUUCAGCUUCCCCACCGAAUCGCAACUCAAGCCCGGCCAAAAGGCCACCAUCUUCAAUAUCUCGCCGGACGUGUGGGACUCGGCGAAGCACAAGAGUGGCAACUGCACAUCGAUUCUCGGUGGCACGAACUUCCUCUCAAAUGUGACGGCGCACACUACGGCAUGGCUUGUGGGGCAGCCCUUUUUCGCUGGUCAUUACAUCGACUUUGAUGCGACGAGCCAUACCAUUUCGUAUGCAAACUUGAAGAACCCGGCGACGGGGACGUGAGGUCUUGCGGGGGGAUAUGGAAGCAGGUAAUUAGUCGCGAGGAGACCACUACGCAAAUCAUGCAUGCCUCGGCCCUUGCUUUCUUUCCUGCGUAUCACGGCGGCCGCCAACUGGGGGCCAACUGUCAUGCAUUCCCAACUGCAUGGGCUGGACUCGUGGGUGACACUGUGCACCCAACCCCAACCUCCCCACAAACAAAACUGACCGUGGCGUCAAGGUUCUCGACCCAAACGCAGCCGUGAGGUGUUCAUGCGAAAUGGCAAGGUAUGCAAGCCCGGAGUUUCUCAAAUAAAUCCGUC